CCUACGAAACUAGCAAAUUCAUAUAGAAUUUUUCUGCCGAAAUCGAAGUAUUGUGAAGAAAUGAUGUUACGGUUACUGGUGAUUCUUGCAGUUGCAGGCGCUACGCUAGCAUCCCCAAAGGAGAGGCUGGUGAAAAAACAAGCAGCAUCGAAAUAUAAAGUUAUACGUGGCAGCAUGAACUGGCGUGAGGCACAGACUGCAUGUGAGGACAUUGGUUACUCCCUUGCAGAGAUCCGCUCUAAAGAGGAUACAUAUGAAGCUAAACAAUUUCACGAUGAAGAUAUUUUGUGGAUUGGCAUAACGGAUAUAUCUCACGAAGGAACUUUCACAUAUUGGAGAGGUGAUGCUGCCCUAACGUACUUAAACUGGGCUCCUGGGGAGCCAAACAAUUUGGAUGACGAAGACUGUGUACAUUUAUGGGCUGACGGUACCUGGAAUGACCAUGAUUGCGUAACCACCAAGGGAGAUGCACUGUGUGAACAUUUCGAUGCGGAUAUACACGGAGAUCCUCACAUGACGACAUUCGAUGGGCAUGCAUACACAUUUCAAGGAACAUGCUGGUACACUAUGUUCAAAGACUGUUCUCCGAAUCCUGGUUUCGAAGUCACUACUAAAUUUGAACCUAGAGAAGAUAGUACUCCUGAACAAGUCAGAACGAGAAUUGUUUCUUUCAACGUUACCGUUGGAGAUCAAUACGCAAUUGUCGAUGGACUUGAUAUUGUUACUGGACGAACUCAUGGACAGUUGACGGCAGCAAAAGCGAUACAUAUUGAGGAAGAAGAAAAGAAGAUCAGACUGCACUUCUCUUUAAAAGAUACGACAUUUACUCUGGACUGGACUCUGAGAAAGCAUAUAUUGAGCGCAUCGUUCACUGGUUCCGAUUACCAUGGUAAACUCUGUGGCCUGAUGGGUAAUGCUGAUGGAGACCCGCUUAAUGACUUUCAAAAACCAGAUGGUAGUGUUUUAAAUCACGUUGACGUUGCUGAUUUUGGGGACAGCUGGAAAAUAAAGAGCAAAAAGUGUGACUGAGAUGUUAUCCUGGAAACAAUAUAUUUGUUUUAGGCCAUCAUCAACUACUCAAGUUCUUCAGAAGUAUUAAGAUUACAUUACAUGACAGUUAAAGGAUUAAUUUCAUGUGAGGGGUUAAGGAUUAAAUCUUGACGGUUAUGGUAAAGGUUAAUGUAGUUAAAGGUAUUAUAUCGUAAAAUUAAUUGUAUUAAAAUGUAGUUGCUGGUUACUUCAAUAAAAAUUAGCCAAAUAGGAA